CCCAAAAACCUGCGGCAGCCAAUGAAAAGAAGACCUUAGAGGUCCAAAGUUCCCAGCGCUCCUCCACAUGGGCUCCAUCUCCCACCCGGGCCCGCUGUCAGUGCGCUCGCCCGCCAGAGCCAUGCUGAGACUCAGCCUCGCUCUCUUGCUCCUCCUGCUGGGGGUCCGCUGCGUGGCGCAGGAGGCGGCACCAACAAGAGGCUGCGCCUGCGGACACCCCGGGAUCCCCGGGGACCCGGGGCACAACGGGGCGCCCGGGAGAGACGGCAGGGAUGGACUCCGUGGCGAGAAGGGGGACACGGGUGGAAUUGGUCUGACGGGGUUGGCGGGAAAGGACGGCCCUAAGGGCGACGCAGGGGACCCGGGUGCACCUGGUCCAGCAGGGCUCAAGGGGAAAAAGGGGGACAACGGAGAGCAGGGCCCACUCGGGAAAAUGGGGCCCCCAGGAGUCCAAGGGCCUGUGGGUUUGAAAGGAAGUAAAGGCGAGCUUGGGUUACCUGGACCCCAGGGCCCCGAAGGUGACGUGGGGGGGUCUGGACCACAGGGUCCGAAGGGGGAAACCGGCCUCCGUGGGGACAGAGGCAUCCAGGGACCCGUGGGUCCCCCUGGCAGGCAAGGCCCUCAAGGGGACAUGGGCGUUCCAGGUCACAAAGGCGCCCUGGGCCAGCGGGGGGAGACGGGGUCCCCAGGAGCCCCGGGUGACAAGGGCCAGGAAGGAGACGCUUGCGUUCUCCCCAAAAGUGCCUUCUCCGUGGGGCUGACGGCGCAGAGCAAGCUCCCGGCGGCUCACGCUCCCGUCCGCUUCGACAAGAUCAUCUACAACCGGCAGGACCACUACGACCCCCAGACCGGGAGGUUCACCUGCUCGCUGCCCGGAGCCUACUUCUUCACCUACCACAUCACCGUCUUCUCCAGGAACGCCAAGGUGGCUCUGGUGAAGAACGGCGCCAAGGUGGUCCACACCGGCGACCACUACCAGAGCGGCGAGGACCAGGCCGCGGGGGGCGCCGUGCUGCACCUGGAGGCCGGCGACAAGGUGUGGCUGCAGGUGGUGGGGGGGGAGCUCUUCAACGGGCUCUUUGCCGAUGAAGACGACGAUACCACCUUCUCUGGCUUCAUCCUCUUUGGCCCCUGAGGAAAAUCACAGGUGAGCCGGAGCCUAUCCCAGCUGACUUAGGGGCGAGAGGCGUUCAAGAACACACUGGACUGGCAGACAAUUGAAUCACUACUUUUAUUUUAGCCCCUUUUGAUUUUUUCUUUAAAGAUUGAACAACAAUAAAUGAAGGUAGAUGUUAGACCUUGAAUAGGUCUAACAUUUAUGACAUUUUAUUUAUUAUUACUUUUUGAGCAAUGAUAGUUUUUGAAAAAAGAAAAACAAAGUUUCCACAAAAAAAAAAUCAUAAAAGUUAUAAAAAUAAGUCGUACAAUUUUUAAUUUUUUUU